GUAGAGGAGCGUCCCAGCGGAAAAGCACGCGGCAGCAAACUCGCCCGACGUGCGCGCUCCUUCAAAGAGGAUUUUCUCGAAAAAUUCUCCCAGAUGCGUUCACCGGGGAUAAAUUCCGGAGGCGUCGGAGGCGGCGGGGGUGGUGGCGGAACCGGUCCUGGUAACACUGGUGGUGUUACUACGCGAGCAGCAUCGCCCUCAUCGCCCCGCACCCCUCGGGAAAAAAACACCCCCAUCGCAAAUGAUACUCUUGAAAAAAAUCCUCUACGUGAUCUUCAUAUACAUGUCAGACAAGUUCAACUGGCUUUACUACAUUUUCGUGAUGUUGUGUCCAAGAAAAAGUUGGAGAUUUCGACUUUGGGCUCAGCCACAAAUCAAGUUUACCAAGCCCUAGCCCAACUUUUGAAACUUUGCGACGACGUGCUGUUGCACGGCGAUCAAUCUGCUCCCUGCCCAGCUUUAGACACGGAGAACGUGACCCAUGUUAUAGGAUUAGUUGAGGAUGCUGUUAAGAAUUUAGUUAGUCUGGCACACGAGAAAAUAACAAAUAGGCAAAAACCAGCACCUAUUACUACCAACAACAGAACGUCAGGUUACGGUACAGAAAUAAAUUCCCAGCGAAAUUCUCUUCCUGACAUACCACUAACUCCACGAGAAAGACAGAUUCUGGAACAAACAGCGGCUUCAAGUACGUUAGUCCGUAGUUCCCACAGCUCUGAGUCAAUCCUAAGGGAUUCUAGUCCACCGCCAAAACCACCGCUUCCAGACAGGACUAAUAUAAGUCUAUCAGAGGAGAACAGUUCUUCAACCCCACCGCCGCUGCCACCAAAGAGAAGAACAAGAGCCCAGCAAUUGCUUGACGAGUCGGAUGGUUUCUUGGCAUCGAGUCUCGACCGGUGUUCAUUAAGAAGUCGCUCCCCGGAGGAUUCCUCAUCGCUGCUCAGUGCGUCUGCAGGAAGUCUAGACUCCGCUUUAAAUCACUCCAGAGACGAGGAUGAAAUCCGCGCUAUUAUGGGGCCUAAUGACGAGUCCUUAAAUGAUAGCAUGGAUUUGAGUCUCAUGGCAACUAUUCACGGACUACAAUUAAACGGAACAAACAAUUGCACCGGGUGGGAUGGAUCUGAGACGAGUAUACCGACUACAAUGCUGUUGGGUCAGCAAACACCUCAAGAGAUACUUGGCCCAUUCACAACUGGCAUUGAAGGAAAAAUGGAAAGACUUUCCACCCAAACACAAGAAUCGGGUUUUGUGUCAAUGCACUCCCAGCGCAGCUCAUCGCAAAGUUACACCACGAGUUCAAGCUUGACAUCUAAAAGAUCUUCUCAACAAAGUAGUGUCAGCUACAAUUCACAGAGUUAUAACUCCUCUAUGGCCCAACACCAGCUCCACCAGCAAAUGUCAUUUUCCCAGCAAAAAAUUUCAGCAGACACAGAGAACUCGAUCGUGACGCACAGAACGACGUCCCAUAGUUCCACAAAAAAUACAGUCACCACCACCACUAUAAGCGGUGAUGCAGACUCGGCUUUGCUUGAAAAACUGGAAAUAGAAGAAUUGGAAUCAAACGGAAUACCACCAGCGUUACCAGAGAAGCGAUCGAAGAAGCGUAAAGAGCGUCUGCCGUCUCAGUACGACAAUGUACCAGAAAAUGAGCACCUGUCAACCUGUAGUUUGCACACAAGCUCGAGUGACAGUCCAGACGCGAGCAAACCGCCGCCUCUGCCCCUCAAGAAACGUCACAUAAUGGCAUACAUGGAAAUGUUUGGAAACUGUUCGCACAGUACGAACGACUUUAUAUCCGGGCUGGGCACGCGACAUUCCGUUGCUGCUUAUAAUUCGAUGCAAGCAGAGUGGCAACAACACGAAAUGUCUCUUACUACGACUCAAUCUUACUCAAGAUCGUCGUCGAGACCAGCGAGUAAUGCGCUCUCCUCUAUUUCCGUCGACGAAAACACCUUAGAGUUGAGGGAUAUUGAUCAAGAUGACGGGAUUCUCGACGAGCUGGACAUUAGUAAAUAUCUAGUCCUUAAAAAGCCAGAAGAAGAUGGCCCUGAUAUUAGGGGUGGCCAUCCUGAUGCUCUGUUAAUUCAUGCGACCAAAGCUAAUAAGCAUGAUUUCCUGUAUCAGGAAGCAUUUUUAACAACAUACAGAACAUUUAUGUCACCAUUGGAGCUUAUACAAAAAUUACACAAACGUCACCAGAGAUUUUCGUGUUCUGGGGACAUUAUUAAGCAACGAGCUGCGCGUGAGGCUUUUUCAUUACUUGUACGAGUUGUCAGUGAUUUAACCAUGUCUGAUUUGGACGACGUUUUACUCCAAACAUUGAUGGAGUUCGUUCAGCAAUUAGUUUGCAGCGGUGAUUUAACGAUGGCAAAGGCGCUGAGAGUGAAAAUCCUUGAAAAACACGCGCUGAAACAAUUGCAAUCAGCGCAACCGAUUUUAUCCUCGUUGAGCGUGUCAACGAAACAAGCGUCGCUACUUGACUUCAAAAGCGAACAAAUAGCCGAGCAAAUGACUUUGCUGGACGCUGAAUUGUUCAUGAAAAUAGAAAUACCUGAAGUAUUAAUCUGGGCGCAGGAACAGAAUGAGGAGCGCAGUCCCAAUUUGACGCGAUUUACCGAACACUUCAACAAAAUGUCUUACUGGGCACGCUCGAGGAUCCUCGAGCACCGGAUGGAGAACGAGGCUAAGGAUCGGGAAAAAUAUGUUGUAAAGUUUAUAAAAAUAAUGAAGCACUUGAGGAAGAUAAAUAAUUUCAAUAGUUAUCUGGCUUUACUGUCGGCUCUUGACAGCGCUCCAAUAAGGCGCUUGGAAUGGCAGAAACAUAUUACAGAGGGUCUUAAGGAAUAUUGUGCUCUGAUUGAUAGUUCUAGCAGCUUUCGGGCUUAUCGACAAGCACUUGCUGAAACUCAACCGCCUUGUAUACCUUAUAUUGAUUUAUUACCAGACGGUACUAUUAAUUUCUCAAAGCGAUGGCAACAAUUUAAUAUUGUUGAGAAUAUGAAGAGGUUUAAAAAAGGAACAUAUUCAUUCAAGAAGAACGAGCGCAUAAUAACAUUCUUCAAUAACUUCAGCGACUUUCUCUGCGAGGAAGCCAUGUGGCAAAUAUCCGAGAGCAUAAAACCGCGGGGCGGAAAAAAACCACAGUCGCAAAACUAA